AUGUUUCUGAGCUUCCACAUAGUUGCUUGGAAAUGUGCAGAAUACCUCCAUCCCGAACAUUUACGCUUCUUGCAGUCGUUGCGGGAUAGAUCUUGGCGUCCGUCCCAUCUCUCAAUCUGCUCGUCCGAUUUGCAUUCUGCUUCGACCAAACUUCUUAGAAUGGUCUCUUAUGUCGUCCAAACUCUUCUCUUCUUGAUUUGGAGAACUUUGAUAUUUCGUCGUCCUGUUGACUCUUCCCAUCGCAACUCGUUCCGCGUACCACGGCCGAUGCACUCGUCCGACCAGGGGAAGAUCGACCCACGUCCGGCCGAGAAUCCUUCGGCCAAAUCUCAACCGCUCGACCAAGCCGGCCGACCGUUAAACAUCCGGCCCGACCGUUCCGACUCGGCCAAAGACCCGACUGUCCGGCCGACCGUCCCGCACGACCGUCCGAACGCCGCGGUCGACCCGAAGCCGUUUUUGAAGCCCAAUCCGCACAAUUCAAGCCCAAAGCCGGCGCCGCCUAGCUAG